AUGGUUCGAGAUGAAUUAGAAGUGACCAAGCCAAUGGAAACUGAUGAAGAAAGCGAGGAGGUGAGCAUUAACCUCUCAUACCCCUUCGAGUACCCUAUAAUAUCAAUGACCCAGCAUGUAAAGCUCCUAUAUAUCAAGGCUUACUUUGAUGAGAUACAAAUGAACAGAGUGUUAGUGGACAAUAGGGUAGCAGUAAACCUGGUUCCAAGGUCUUCUUUGAAGAAUUUGGGAAAAAGAAACCCUAGGUUGAUCCCAACUAGCACAACCAUUGCUGGUUUUACUGGGGAUAAGCAAAUGGCUCAGGGUAUUCAGCCCAUUAACCUAAGUGUGGAAAUUAGAGAUUUCAUGACAGCAUUCUUUGUUAUAGACAGUAAUGCCAAGUAUAAUGCUUUGUUUAGCAAGGAUUGGAUCCACACCAACAAGUGUGUGCCUUCCUCUGUACAUCAGAAAGAUGAUGAUAACUUUGUGCAAUGGGGAAACAGAGGAAAUGAAUGUGGAUCCACAGCCUUUUAUUGCUUGUGUUGA